AUGAUUAAUCUCCAUCACAAUAAACGUAAGGUAAGUAUCAUUUCCAUUGUUUUGAGUGUAAUGGGUUUGAGUAUUUAUGAUGGUUCAAAGUUUGAGAUCAUUUUCUCUAAAUGAAAAAAAUUGUCUGAAAUACUCGAUUCUCUUCACUAUUCACGUUCUUAUCCGUUGUCUAGGUCUAGCAGAGUCGUACCGUAAGAAAUCAUCAUUGUAAUAU